GGUUCGUCGUUGUCAUCGCGAGAACUCCAUCAGCGCGAGCGACGCGUCCGACCGAGGCGAAUGUAUUGAGUCCCUGAUCGAAAGUAAAAACAAUUGUUGUGCGGCGCGUGUACGCACAAAGAGAGAUGCGCGCGUAUUGUCAGUUGUGUGCGUGCACACGCACAUACAUGUCGCGUUGCGAUACGUCACGUCAGCGCAACUGCCAUUUUUAAUCCGCUUGUAUCGUUUUUUUUUCCAUUUUCCUCACUCGCUCUGCCUCCCAAGUUUUGCGCGUCAUUUCGCAUGGUAAUAGCAGUCGUCGGCGUCAUCGCUAAUUUUCGCGGACAAUCGUGACGGGAGACGCUCGCACGCCGUGAGAGAGACACGCAUCGUCAAAACGCGACGAUCCGACCGGAACGAUCGAACCGUCGCGUCUCUUUAUCUUCUCCCUCUUCUCCCUUUCUCCCCUCUCGCUCACCAUACCUAUAUAACGCAACACACACAUACAAACACUCCCUCAUUCUCUUGCUAUCUCUGUUUCUCGCUUACGACAGCGACAGACGAUCGUGACGAUACUCCCGCAUACAUAUGAUGCUCUGUCUUAAGACGCGAUUAUAAUUGCCGCCUGGUCUUAAUAAGCUGAGUCUUAUAUCUUGAACUGUGCAAGAGGAAGUAAACGACCGAAACAAUGGAGUCGUCAGACAGGAAGAACGUUUAUCUCACGAAAACUGGCGACAGUUCUUUAAACUCGGGAAUGCGAGACACCAUGAUCGUUGGUCAAGCCAACAUGCAACCAGAGUGUGGAGAGGGUGUGAUGAAGCAGAAUGUAUCCAGCGUCUCGUCCAAUCAGGCAAAGUGGUCAAAUACGCAGAGUAAGAAUUUCAUCAUCGGCACGGUGCCUGUGAAGAACGAGAUUGUGCAUGUGGAAGAUGGUGCUCAUUGUAAUAACAGAAAAAUGUACUAUUAUGAUAGACAUUACACUGGUCAUGAAGAGCCAGAGAGGCCGACGCGCAGAGGAACAAAGAGAUACAGGGAUAAGGAUGCACCGAAACGGGCGCUGUCCGCAUUUUUCUACUUCUGUCAAGAGCUGCGUGGCAAGAUGAGAGAAUUGCACCCUGAGAUGGGAGUAGGCGAAAUCGCGAAGGAAUUAGGAAAAUUGUGGAUGAGUACGGAUCUGCAGACAAAAUCCAAGUACAUGGCUAUCGCGGAGGAAGAUAGAGCCCGAUACGAAAGAGAAAUAAUCGCUUAUAAUAAGAGAGUGAAAAAUUACGACCCCGAGGAAGUUGGGACUGUAUAAGUGAAUAGAGAAAUAUUCACACGAGACGGUUGAAAAGAAGAAAGAGAAAAGGAGGAAAGACUACUUAUUCUCUCAUUCGAGCACUGUCACUGGCUAUUAGAGAGUGCGCGAUAAUUUUACUAACCUAGUAUUACUAUCGAUCGUUGUAUAUAUUAUGUACACUGUUGAAAAAGGAACAGAAAAAUUCUGUUUCAAAAAGAACAGAAAAAUUCAUUCUUUUAACUUGCAAAAAUUCGAUUCAUAUUUACUCGUAGCGUGACAAAUAGGCGAGACAGAUUCGGCGAGAAAGACGAGUUCCAUUUUAUAACGAAUUCCUUUACCAUGCAAGGGCUAUUACUACUAUACAUGACUAACGUGUGCUAAUAUAUAAAUAUACAUAUACAUAUUAUAUAUACAAAGGAUGCUUUCUAGGAUAUAUCGAUUUAACUGUGCCAGAAUGUUUUACGAUUAAAAUAUAGGAGGAAAGAAUGUUAUAUAAAAUAGAAUGCUAUUCUAUUUUGUAUUUCUGUUAUAACUUUUUAAUAAAGCACUUUUAUAAUUGCCUCAUGUAUUUUUAACCGUAGAAUACGUUGGCACAGUUUAACUGAUAGAACCUGUGGUAUUCUGUAUACAUUUAUCGACAAAAUCUAAUAUGAGAUAUAUAUAAUAAAUCCUAGCGGUAGUGUAUGGUAAAUAAUUCAAAUAACAAUAGCUAUGCUGCUGUUCUACAUUAAUAUUGAAUAGCAAUGUAAUUGUAAUCGAUGCUAGUAAUGUUUGAGAGUAUAUUGGUGACGAAAAAAUUGCAUAGAGCACUGCAUCGCGUUCAUAGCAUUAACGGUAGAACGCUUCGCCGACAUGUAAUAAGUUAAUGGAUAAGAGAGCUUAAUCAGAAGGAAAGGCAAUAAGGAGACGUGCGAGGCGAUGUGAUUUGGCUUAAUCUCUUUUUUUCCUCGCAAGGUAAUUCUAUUAUACGACAUUAAUAUACCCGUAUAAUUUCGUUGAGUUCAUAUUUUGAUAUCACAUGCACGUUCCAAUGAUCCCUGUGCUUACUCUUGCGAGUUAAUAAAAUGCAAUGUUCAAUACAAGACCUCCUGUUUCAUGCUUUGUCUAAAACGCAUUGAACUCACCAAAGUCCUUAAUACGACAAAACCACGUACGAGUCAUACAAAUUUCUCGCGACAAGAGCAUUAGAAAUCAUUCUUGCUUCUCGCAGUAACGUUCGUUCUUACAUAUACUAGUUACUUGGAAAAUCUUAUGAAAUUUUAAUAAUAAUUAAACAAUAUAAUAUGAAUUUCAGACGCUUGAUCGACAACAAAAGCUAAUUAGUAACAAUAAAAUAAUAAGUAACAACAAUAUAUAUCUUACUUUGAUAACAAGAAAGAAAGACAGUAUGUAGAAAAAUGCAUUACAAUAAAAGUUGAACAGAGUGAACAUUGUA